CCUUUUGCCAACAGAAUGUUAGCCAUCCGUCCGUCCAUACAUCCUUCCGUCUAUCCGUCCGUCCAUCCACUCUCACUUCCAAAUUCCAAACUUCCAGCAAUAGCAACAAACGACAACGGUCCCAAUAAUCCCGAAGAAAGGAACAAGCAAACCGCAAUGCUCCUCUCCGCAAUCCCUCGCUCAAGCUCGAACUCUCUCCUCCUCCUCCGCAAUCACAGUCUCACUUCCACUUCCACUUCAUCUCCUACUGCUACUAACCUCCUCUCCACCGCCACCACCCUCAAGCCACUCCUACGAGCCCCCUCUGCCUCUUCCCUAACCGCCAGCAACGGCAAUCUCGAAAAUCCUAUCCAUCACGUGACUCACUCGCUCUCAGAUGACGAUGAGGAAGCUGGAGGAGGAUCGGGGUUGGUGUCGUCGGCAUCCGCCGUUGCUUCUGCUAUUCGAAGAGGUUCUAGUUCAUCAGUGGAGUUUGUACAGAGAAUAGAGAAGGGUCAGAACAACAACGACAACAAGACCAAAUUGGUGCUACCCAGCCCUGAUUUUCAGAGACUUUGCGUCCAACAACUCGACCUCUUUCACAGAAUCGUCGAUCCCGACGCUAUUCUCUCCGUUUAUGUGAGGCCGGCAGGUAGUUAUGUAAUGGACCGUUUAGAGCUCCGUCGAGUGACGUCAUAUCCCGGAGUGAAUGCAUCAUCAUCAGAUAUUGUGAUAUUAGUCGCUAAUUUCAAUAUCCCAACUGGAUUACGUGCUGCAGAAGCUGCAUUUUCUAGUAAACAAGCAGAAUGCGUGGCUGAGCAUAGAGCUGUUGUGUUUCCAAUGGUAAAGCACCCUUUUGUUGUUGGGUUCUUGGUUGCUGAGCUACCGAUGAUGGAAAUGGACAUAUCAUGUGCAAAUGGGGAAAGUGAUUUGAUUUCUCCAGAGGAAGCCUAUGCUUCGCCUUCUGCCUCCUUUAAAAAAUCGAAAUCGUGGAGCAUCCAGACUUUAAAUGAUGAGCCAUUGAGGAUGUUUAACUUUACAGCUGAGCAGAGAUUGAAUGCUAUUAAUAUUUCACAUACUCUAGCCAUGGCUUAUGUGAUGGAUCAGAAAGCAUUGUUACUUCAGCAAUCUUCAUGGCAAAAUAAUGUCAGAAUGACAACUCUGGUUGAGCAGAUUCGUGGUCCUCUCUCUAGCAUUAGAACUUUAAGUAAAAUGUUAUCAAUUCACACGAAGAGAAGCGAGAUUGCUUAUGACAUUGUUGAAGACAUAAUUGUUCAAGGUGAUAGUGUGAGAGACGCCCUUCAAGAACUCCAGGAUGCUGUUUACUUGACCAAGGCCAAUAUAGUGCGGUACAAUGAAGAGACAUUAAUGAAAAUUCACAAUUCAGCGUAUGCCCAUCCAGAGUCAAUGAGAUCUCAAUUACCAGAAGACUUCUUGAAUGAUAGCAGCGAUAAGUUGCAAACUCCUGGCAAACCACGUUUUCUAAAUCCUGCAUCCAAGGACAUGGAGAUGCCCAUGCCACCUUUGGCUCUUUCUCCUCUACAACAACAUGGAAUACGACCAUGCAAUGUUUCUGAGGUGCUGUCAGAUUUGGUUGAGGCGGCAAUACCUCUUGCCAAUAAGCAGCAACGUAUUCUAGAACUCGGUGAACUUUCUCAAUCUCUGCAAGUUGCCAUAGAAGAACCAGCUUUACGCCAGGCUCUGAGCAAUUUAAUUGAGGGUGCAUUAUUGCGUACACAUGUUGGUGGCAAAGUUGAAAUUGUAUCUACUGGAGCACCAGCAGGUGGUGCUCUUGUAGUUAUUGACGAUGAUGGCCCUGAUAUGCACUACAUGACCCAGAUGCGUUCGCUUAUACCAUUUGGAGCAGAGCUCUUCUCAGAAAACAUGGUCGAAGACAACAUGACAUGGAAUUUUGUUGCUGGGCUGACUGUUGCUCGUGAGAUACUUGAGAAUUAUGGUUGUGUGGUUCGUGUCAUAUCACCUCGAGUCUCAGACGCAGCCCUUGGAACUGGGGGAACCAGGAUAGAACUCUGGCUUCCUUCUUUUGCCUCGUCCGAUCAAAAUGACCUUGCUCACGAAGCUUAGCAAUAAAAUGGCUUUGAUAGUGGCAAGAUUGGAUACUUGCCCUGAAAUUAAGAAAGGGGUUUGUAUGCUAGAUGAUUUAUUUUGUAAUUUUGGGGUCUUCGCCGGAUCCAGUGUGAACACCCCCCCUCCCCAAAAAAAAAAAAAAGUUACAAAUUAUAGAUAUAACAAGUUGGUCAUGAACAAAGGAGUUGGAACUUCUUUCAGUUCAUUCAUGGUCCGAAACAUGAACUGGUGUAUAGAUUUGCCGUAUAUGCAGUUGAUUGUAUAUAAAAAGCGUUCUAGUCUUAGAUUUUAUUUGAA